AUGCCCACGCAAAAGGAAUUUUCAUACGAGGACCACCGAAGGCAAACCAAAGUACCUUACGUGAUUUACGCCGACUUUGAAGCAAUAAUUACGAAGGAGGACCAAAAGAAUGGUGCCACGAAAAGGCUAGGGUUGCAUGAGAUUUGCUCAUACGGUUACAUAGUUGUCAGACACGAUGGUAAAGCAGACCCACCAGUUAUCUACCGAGGCAAGGACGCAGCAAACAAGUUCCUUGAGGCCCUGCAGGACGAAGAAGAAGUGAUCAGAGACAAAUUGCGCCACAAGAAGAAGGUAGCAUUUACCAAAGAAAGUCAAGCAGCAUAUGCGAAAGCUAAGAUUUGUCACGUAUGCAACCGCGAUCUCUUACAAUACGGUCGACAGGCUAAAAGGGCAUGGGAUGAGGAUGGUAAAUAUCUUGGGGAAGCACACUUUAAGUGCGGUACUUACGCAAAGAAAGGAGAGAAAGCAGGAAAACCAUCCACGCACCGCAUUCACUGCCACAAGAGAUUUGUAGAAGACUUCUACAUGGAUAAAGUGUUGGACUACUGCCCACUAACGGGUGCCUACGUAGGAGCUGCGCACUGGAAAUGCAGGACGAGAGUAGAUCCAGGCAUGGAGAUUCCCGUGUUCUUCCACAACCUUCGCGGAUACGACUCCCAUUUACUUCUACAAGGUACGGACGGCUCAGAUGUUAAAUGCAUACCAAACAGCAAGGAGCGCUACAUGUCCGUAACCGUAGGUAAGCUAAAGUUCUUAGAUUCACAGCAAUUCAUGGCGGACUCCUUAGCAAACUUGGUAAGAUACAACACCAACUUCCCCAUUUCCAGCCAAUACGUCGCGGAAAGAAAAGGAGUGUACCCAUACGAGUACAUGGAUUCCUGGGAGCGCUUUGAAGAGCCCCUGCCGCCCAAGGAUCGUUUCUACAGCACCCUAACCGAGUCUGGAAUAAAGGACGAGGAGUACCAGCACGCCUUAGACGUGUGGCAAAAGCACGACUGCCAAACAAUGGGGGACUACCACGACAUCUACCUACGUUCAGACGUUGUGUUGCUUGCCGACGUAUUCCAAAGCUUCCGGAAGAUGGCAAUGGAAUACUACGGGUUGGAUCCAGCGAACUUCUACACGGCUCCUGGGCUUAGUUGGAGUGCGCUGCUAAAGAAGACAAACGCGCACCUGGAUCUCCUAACGGAAUACGAUAUGUAUCGCUUUAUGGAAGACGGUAUCCGCGGCGGCGUUUGCGGACCCAGCAGACGAUACGCAAAAGCAAACAAUCCCACAGUAGAGUACGACCCGGAGAAGCCAACCACAUACAUAUUCUACUUAGACGCUAACAACUUCUACGGUUGGGCAAUGUCGCAGUACUUACCUGUACGCGACGUCGAAUGGGAUGACAUAAAGACCAUAGACUCCUACAUGCAGGUAGACAAAGAAGCAGAUAAGGGUUACGUACUGGAGGUGGACCUAGAGUACCCAGAGCACCUGCACGAUGCACACAAUGAGUUUCCCCUUGCUCCGGAGGCGAUAGAGAUACCACUUGCACAGCUUUCCCCACUACAAAAACAAAUGUGCCCCAAUUACAAACCAUACCGUAAGUUGACGAUGAACCUGAUGGAUAAAAAGAARUACGUGGUGCAUUACCGCAACCUGCAGUUUUACGUGCGCCAUGGUAUGCGCGUGAAGAAGAUCCACCGCGUGCUGAAGUUCACACAGGAGCCGUGGAUGCAGCCCUACAUCGACUUCAACACCCCGAAGCGCACCGCAGCGAAAAACGACUUUGAAAAGAAUAUGUUCAAACUAAUGAAUAACUCCGUCUUUGGGAAGACAAUGGAGAACAUCCGCAAGCGGGUCAGCAUAAAGAUUGCCAGCACCAGAGAGGAGGCAGAAGCAUACGUGUCGCAGCCAGGGUUCGUGCGCUACGUAGAAAUGCUUAACUUCUACGUAAUUCACAUGAAGAAGGCGAACCUAUUCCUGAACAAGCCCGUAUACACGGGGUUUACGGUGCUGGAUCUGUCGAAGCUGCUUAUGUACGAGUUCUAUUACGACAAGCUAAAACCAAAGUACGGAGACCGCUGCCGCCUUCUAUACACGGACACCGACUCUUUGAUUCUCGAAGUGCAGACGGAAGACGUUUACCAGGACUGCCUUGAGGACCUCGAUGAGUACGACACCAGCGCCUACCCAAAGGAACACUUCCUUUACUCCGCGAAGAAUAAGAAAGUAAUAGGGAAGAUGAAGGACGAGAUGUCCGGCAAUCCCAUAGUGGAGUACGUGGGUCUGAAACCCAAAAUGUACAGCGUUCUCAAAAUGGACGGCGCGGAGAAGAAAGCGAAAGGCGUAAAAAAGUACGUUGUUAAGAAGGACAUCACCCACGAGUCCUACUUGAACGUAUUACGUACGCGCAAGGAGCAGCGCCAUCAAAUGAACUCCUUACGCAGCUACGGACAUCAAAUACACAAUGUUACGCAGGAGAAGGUGUCACUGUCCGCAUUUGACGGCAAGGGAUGGAUGUGUGAUGAUGGCAUCCAUACGAUAGCAUUUGGACAUCACACGAUAAGCAGUUCUUCUUUGACGAACCCACGCGUGGGACCAUCAUGA